ACAUUGUAAAAAUGUAAGCUGCAGCAUGCGCGCGCGUCCGAAUCCAACACAGUAUCAGAUAAAAUGUACACCAGAAAACGAAGAGUACGUUAGUUUGUUCUUGACUUCCUUCUUCUUGCAUUGGAAUUAUGGCUCUUCACAGUUUUGGUGUUACUGAGUAAUGCAUUGUCCUGGCAAGACUAGUCUCUGCAAUAUCCUCCACCUGUUUCAUCCUCAGUAUUGCCCUGGUGUAUGGUCGAACUCGAUACACUAUUCCUGUAACGAUUAGUGAUAGUUCGUUCAAAUUCCAAACUGACUAGAAGACGCAAUGGCAGAACACAAUGCAGCCGCUCGCAGGUCUGACGUGCCUCACUCCCCAUCGCCAGUGCCAGUGGAUUGCCACGAUAUUCCUUAUGAGGUGUUUCCAGUUCAGGAGGAAACCCAGGUGCAGACGGGUUCAUCUCCACUGUGCCAUGGUUCAGGCAGCUCCCGGAAUGGCUAUCCACUCAUGUUUCAGUGCAGUAGCUGCUGUGCACCGUUGUACACGCCCCCACCGCGCCCACAAGCACAUGGCCAGCAGCACCCAGCGAAUGCUUUUCAUCCCAGACCGGGAGCAGAAGAGGUCGGGUAUGGAUUUGCACCAGCUGGUCACGAGCCUUUAUUAAACGCUGGCCUGAUUUGUCAGCGAUGCAAUUUCGACUCCAUAAGUUUCACCACGUUGUGCAUGCGCAUGCAGCGGGAGCCUAUUCUGCUCGAUACCCAUCUUAGGUUUCAUAACGUGGGUUUGUACCUGGGUUUCUCCGACCAGUACCUGGAUGGAUUCCUACGCUUCUACGUGAUGCACAAGAACGAUUUUGGCCACUUGCUGUUCUAUCUGCUUCGCGUGUGGAAGCGGUACUUGCUAUGGCAGAGCGGCAAGGAUCCAUGCAGGUGCCUGCUCUCAGUUCUACGCAUGGCCGGUGAACCAGAUCUUGCUACGCUUUACGAAGGAAUCCUAGAGCAACAAGGACGACAAUAUCAUGUUUGACACCUUUCGCUCGAAGCGCUCCAUCCAAAGAACUGAAUAUAUGGAUUUGUCUAAACCGGUAGCGUAUCGGUGCUGGUCGGUGCCAAGCCGUGUUGCUGGUCACUAAUCCGGCCCUUUCGAAACUUGAUUCUACUGGUUUAGUGGACACUCAGACCGUAUAUCACACUUGCUCGCAUAUUCUCCUGCUGUGGCUUUCCUGCUUGACCCACCUCGAAUGUUGAUCAGUGGAAUUGCUUGCCUAUCGCUGCUGACAUUUCCAAGGCACACUGGGAAUUGUGGAAUUCCCUUGAGACCAUCAGAAUGUGAAGGAAGUUGAGGGCAUCAUUAGCAGUUCUGAGGAACACGGUCAGUAGUGUCAAUGACAUACAGAAUAUAUCCUGCUUCAGUGUUGCCACUUGACACCUCACACAGUUGACAGUUAGUCCUAUUCGCUAACUGCUAUGUUUGCGCCGUUUACUUGAUUCCUAUGCAUGCUCCCAAAUUCAGGUUUUUUGUGCAUACCCACAGUGUGAACUUGAGCCGAAUCUAUUCACCCCCCCCCCCCCUCCCCCCGGAAAUUGAUUCUAUCAACUGUCCAGAAAGCCCCCGAACUUAUAUGGAAGAAUGUAUUUCAAUUUUUAUCAAAGACGGCAGGUAUAUUAUGUAUUUUCAUCAAGCCAGCAUAUCAUUAUUAUUAUUAUUAUGUUUCAUCUGUUUAUCUGCAUCCAGUUACAUGUAUCUGCCCUCGUGAAACUAUCGCUGUGUUGAUCACCCAGACUUUGAUGCUUUAAGCCGGUUUGAUAUUGCAGUCCAGCAACAUAGUUAUAUGUUUUUAAAACUAUCUGAGUUAUAAUAUUGAACCUACGGCAGUGUAUCAAGGCAACAUUG